AUGUCGGACUCCUCUGACUCUACGUCCUCGUCCUCUGGUGACUCUUCUGACUACGACUCCUCUGACUACGACUCCUCUGACUGCGAUGGUGCAGACGGUAUCGUACCCAUGAGUAUCGAUCCCGAUGCUGUCACCACAGGCUCCCUCCAGGCGCUUCAGUCGGCGGAUGAGCGCAAGGUGAUGGACAUCGUCGACAAGCUCCGGCGCACUGGCUUGAGUGGUGUCGUGGAGCUACCACAGCUCAUUGUAUGCGGCGAUCAGUCCUCUGGCAAGAGUUCCGUUCUGGAGGCAAUCACUGAGAUCCCAUUUCCUCGCAAAGAGAAUCUGUGCACGAGAUUCGCUACUGAGAUCAUUCUGCGUCGCUCCACUGAAUCUACGAGUACUGUCACCAUCACCCCCGACAAGUUGCGUCCACAGUCUGAACAUGUGAAGCUCAAGGGUUUCACAAAAUCGAUAACCGACUUUAGUCAGCUUCCAGAUGUUAUUGAAGAGGCGACCCUAGCAAUGGGCUUAGGGGCUGUAGGUGGCACAAACUCAAGGGCAUUUAGUCGUGAUGUCUUAUCGAUUGAGAUCACUGGUCCGAAUCGACCGCAGCUUACCCUUGUUGAUCUGCCUGGUCUCAUCCACGCAACCAACAAGGCCCAAACCGGAGCCGACAAGAAACUUAUCCUCAAACUCGUCAACCAGUACAUGAAGAACCCUCGCACUAUCAUCCUGGCUGUAGUCAGCGCAAAGAACGACUAUGCCAACCAGAUCAUUCUCGAUCACUGUCGCAAGAUCGAUAAACAGGGCCGCCGUACUAUGGGAAUCAUUACCAAGCCUGACUUCCUUCGCGAAGGUACCGACAACGAGUUGAGUUGGAUUGAGCUUGCGCAAAACAAGGAUAUCUAUCUGGAGAGUGGCUGGCACAUGCUGAAGAACCGUGCCGAUUGCCAGAUGGACUUCUCGUUCGAGCAGCGCAACCAAGAUGAGGACCUGUUCUUCAGUCAAGGACGUUAUGCCGAUCUACCUCGCGAGUGUGUCGGUAUCAGCUCCUUGCGCGAGCGCCUCAGCAAGGUGUUGCUUACCCACUUAAUCAAGGAAUUGCCCUCGCUCAAAGCUGAGAUGGUGGACAAGCUACAAGCUACAGUCGUUGAGAUCGAGAAGCUAGGCGAGAAGCGCAACACAAUUCCAGAGCAGCGCAUGGCCCUCAUGAGGAUCAGCAUGAAAAUGAACGACAUCCUAAAGUCUGCUGCAAAGGGCCACUACGAGUCUGAAUUCUUUGGACCCAUCAGCACGGACGCCAAUGUAGAUUCUACCGAAAACAUUCGUCGCUUUCGAGCUGUGAUUCAACAUCUCAACAUGGCCUUUGCAAACGACAUGCGCUUAAGAGGUCACAAGUUCGCCAUUGGAGCUGGUCCAAGCGAUGACAAGAAAGAUAUUGAAGAAGAUGCGAAAGCUGCGAAGGAGCUCGCGGGACAGAAAGGGGGUGACACGUCGUCUUUUCUUCCUGUACCCAAGCAUCUGACGCGUAAUGAGGCUGUCGGCUGGGUGAAGAAGACACUUGAGCGAUCUCGCGGAUUCGAAUUGCCUGGAACAUUCCAGCCAAUGCUGAUCUCCCAGCUAUUCUGGGAGCAGUCUGGACCGUGGGAACAGAUUGCCUAUCAGCAUAUUGCCAAAGUCGCCCAGGCAUGCAAAGAUUUUGUCGCUGCUGUUCUCGGUGCCACAGCCCCUGCUGAAUUUCAAGAGCCUCUUAACAACAUCAACAUCGACAAAGCUCUCAGCAACUCAUUGGCCGACGCAAAGACAGAACUGAACAAGCUUCUUCAGGACAAGGCCCGUCAUCCCAGCACAUACAACCACUACUUCACGACCACGAUCCAGCAGACCAGACAGCGCAAGUACCAGAGCAUGAACAAGGCUGCUAGCACGGCUUCACAGGGAACUUACAUCAAUCGAUUCAGCGAGCACGUUGCAUAUGUUGAUCCUGGAUUACUCGUUGAACAAAUGAACAAAGCUCUUGAGGCUGACAUGGACGUCUUCUCCAGCCAGGAAGCACUCGACACAGAGCGUGCAUACUACAAAGACGAGCUGAAGUACUUCGUCAACGCCGUCGCCAAGGCCGUCAUUGAGCGUCACCUCGUUGCGCCUCUCCCUGAUAUUAUCGUCUCGCCGUUGGCUGUCACAAAGAUGACUGACAAGCAGAUUGAGUCCGUUGCUGCUGAGCCGCCUCAGGUUACGCAGCAGAGGGCUCAUCUCGAGUGGAAGAGGGCCAUGUUGGAGAAGGGUAUGGAUACCUUCAGGGUGGCCACUGGUGGGCUCAAGCGUAAGCGCGAGAGUGUCUAA